GGGGAGCAGUUUUUUGGAGCAAAUCACAGCUCAAGAAAGAGCAUCAGCUUUGCUUUGUAUCCAUACAAGUGAAUCUAAAGUUACAUAUUAUACAAGAGAGAGGGGGACGACAAGGGUUUAUCAUUAACCUGAAGUCUGUGAGAGACAUUAUAAGGAGAGGAGAAGAAGAAGAAGGAAAGGUGCCGGAGAAGCAGGCAGGAUGGACUCCUCUGAAAAAAUCAAUAACCCUGCUGACAUCUCAGUCAUAGUCAUCUAUUUUGUGGUAGUCCUAGCAGUGGGAGUAUGGGCCAUGUUCUCAACAAACCGCGGGACUGUCGGUGGAUUCUUCCUAGCUGGACGGAGCAUGGUGUGGUGGCCGAUUGGUGCCUCUCUGUUUGCCAGUAACAUUGGUAGUGGGCACUUUGUGGGCUUGGCAGGCACAGGAGCAGCUGCAGGAAUCGCCACUGGAGGAUUCGAAUGGAACGCCCUGAUAAUUGUGGUGGUUCUUGGCUGGUUGUUUGUUCCCAUCUACGUCAAGGCUGGGGUGGUGACGAUGCCAGAAUAUCUCAAGAAGCGGUUUGGUGGCCAACGGAUUCAGAUAUAUCUGUCCGUCCUUUCUCUGCUCCUCUAUAUUUUCACCAAGAUCUCGGCAGAUAUAUUCUCUGGAGCUAUAUUUAUCCAAAUAGCCAUGGGGUUGAAUCUUUAUUUGGCCAUAAUCAUACUGCUGGGUAUUACUGGUCUUUACACGAUCACAGGUGGCCUUGCUGCUGUGAUUUAUACAGACACCUUACAGACCAUCAUCAUGCUGGUGGGAUCCUUUAUUCUCACAGGAUUUGCAUUUUCCAAAGUAGGAGGAUAUGAGGCCUUUAUGGAGAAAUAUAUGAAUGCAAUUCCAAACAACAUCUCAUAUGGAAACAUUACCAUUGACCCAAAAUGCUACACCCCUCGGGCAGAUUCUUUCCACAUCUUCCGAGACCCGAUCACUGGAGAUCUGCCAUGGCCGGGCCUUGUCUUUGGCUUGAGCAUCCUCGCUUUGUGGUACUGGUGCACAGAUCAGGUUAUUGUUCAACGAUGCCUCUCAGCCAAGAACAUGUCCCAUGUGAAGGCUGGCUGUGUCAUGUGUGGGUACCUGAAGCUGCUGCCCAUGUUUUUGAUGGUGAUGCCUGGGAUGAUCAGUCGGAUUUUGUACACAGAUACAGUGGCUUGUGUCGUGCCUUCAGAAUGUGAGAGCUACUGUGGCACCAAAGUUGGCUGUUCAAACAUUGCUUAUCCAAAAAUGGUGGUGGACCUUAUGCCGAAUGGUUUGCGAGGUCUGAUGUUGUCAGUCAUGCUGGCAUCUCUCAUGAGCUCCCUGACUUCCAUUUUUAAUAGUGCUAGCACUCUGUUCACCAUGGACAUCUACACCAAAAUACGAUCCCGGGCAUCUGAGAAAGAGCUCAUGCUGGCUGGAAGGUUAUUUAUCUUAGCUUUAAUUGGUAUCAGCAUUGCUUGGGUUCCUGUGGUGCAGUCAGCUCAAAGUGGGCAGCUCUUUGAUUAUAUACAGUCUAUCACCAGCUACUUGGGGCCACCCAUUGCUGCUGUCUUCCUGCUUGCUAUCUUCUGUAAAAGGGUCAAUGAGGAGGGUGCCUUCUGGGGCUUGAUUGUUGGGCUGGUCAUUGGGCUGGUUCGAAUGAUUGCAGAGUUUGCCUAUGGAACUGGAAGCUGUGUAAACCCCAGCAACUGUCCAAAGAUCAUUUGUGGAAUUCACUACCUGUACUUCGCUAUAAUCCUUUUUGGGAUCUCCACCAUCAUCAUUCUGGGUAUCUCAUUGAUAACUAAACCCAUUCCUGAUGUACAUCUUUACCGCUUGUGCUGGUCUCUGCGGAACAGCAAGGAGGAACGUAUUGACCUGGAUGCAAAUGAGAAGACUGAGGAACCUGAGAGCAAUGAUGAUGUAUCAGAACAAGGUGAUGAAGAGCAAGGAUGCUGUAAGAAGGCCUACAACUGGUUCUGUGGCUUAGAUCAGAAAAAAGGUCCCAAACUGAGCAAAGAGGAACAGGAAGCAAUGGAGAAGAAACUGACUGACACUUCUGAGAGGCCAAUCUGGAGAAAUGUUGUGAACAUCAAUGGCAUCAUUCUACUGACUGUGGCUGUAUUCUGUCAUGCCUUCUUUGCAUAAAUCUCAUCUCACAAUGCAGAGUUUACAUGAAGGUCUAAUUCUACUCCCUUUUCCUUUUGAAGUUGCACUGUAUUCAAAAGAUAUUAUGCUUUCUAAAUUAUACAGUUAGAUAUACUUAUGAGGCUUGUACAAUGAGAUUGUAUGAAUAAGUUGAUUUAUUCAUUGGUUAUAUGGUGGUAAAUAAACAUCUAUUGGCUAAGGAGCAGGAGUACUGAAGUCCCAAAGGGUAGAAUUUCAAUCCCGUACAUCAGGGAGAAUUUAGUAAAUCUCUCUUCUUAUGAAAUACAUUUCACAGCUCAAUUUCAGAACAUGAGAACCAGGGCUGGAUGAGCUGCAUGGAGUUCAUGAUUUUGUAAACUAUUUUGGGAGACUGGCGAAAAUUUCUGUGCCAUUUUCCCAAGGUGAUUUUUUUUAAAGUUCAGCUAUAUGAAAGACUGUGCUAUGGAUUUAGGAUAAAUUAAUCCCCUCAGAAUAAAGGCUGCCUUAAGUGAGCUCCCCAUAGAUGACAUUUUAUUGAUGUAUUCCUUUGAUACAAUAGCUAUUUUUAAUAGCCCUUUUCUCUCUCCAUUCUCUGUUCCAUAUAUUACAUUGUUUUUAGUGGAUUUAUUUCUUCUCUCCUCUUUUGUCACUCUUUCUCCUGUGUGGAAUAUGAACGCAGUACCAUCUGAAUUUAACUUGUGUACUUGUGCUAUUUGAGUGGGUUUGAAAUUAGGCAAACUAAGUCUGACCAGCUCUAAUAAGAGUUGUGGUUAUGCCUGACUCUUCAAGAUUAGCUUCAAAGGUUCCAACGCAAUCUGAGCAUUUAGUUUAAUAUGAAUCUCUGUUUAAAUGUGAAAGCUUUAUUUAUAAAAAUAUAUUCAUGGUAGUUGUGAUUCCCUAGCAUGAUGUGUCAAAAUUAGACUCCAUUUAUAUUAACUGCGGACCUCCAUUUUAUAAGAAAGGCACCAGUGUUCUCUUAGUUAGUGGAUUAGGAAAAACUUUUUCACUAAGAGGGUGGUGAAACACUGGAAUGCGUUACCUAGGGAGGUGGUAGAAUCUCCUUGCUUAGAGGUUUUUAAGGUCAGGCUUGACAAAGCCCUGGCUGGGAUGAUUUAACUGGGAAUUGGUCCUGCUUCGAGCAGGGGGUUGGACUAGAUGACCUUCUGGGGUCCCUUCCAACCCUGAUAUUCUAUGAUUCUAUGAUUUACUACCUGGUAAUUCUGGCUUUGUGUCUUGCUUCCAAGUACACUAAGACAUUACAGUAUUUUUCCUGGCAAAUUACGAAUCUUCCUUCUCUGAUAGUUUCAUUAAGUAAUUUCAUUCAUGCCGUGAAGUAAGACUGUUACGCUAUAGUUUCGCCAAGGAAAACAGUCACUACUCUGACAUCAUCUAAACCAUUCCAAUUGUCUUCAUCUUGUUUGGGAGUAUGAAACCAGGCUGAGACCUUGAUGAAGCAAUGAUAAGGUUGCCUACCUUCCAGGUUUGGCCUGGAGUUUUCCAGAAUUGGCAUCAAUCUGCUGGUGACUACUAAAAGCAAUCCAGGAGAUUUUAAUAGGAUAUUUUACGAAAAUGACAUUGUCAUGUUGGAAAAAAAUAUCUCCUGGGAUAGCUUCAGUCAGAGUUGGCAACUCUAGGCAAUGACCAUGGCUUGGGUCUCAGAGACUAGUAAGAAGCUAUGGAGAGAUGUGUGAUACUUCAGUUCCAGGCUGAAAAGUGAAACCAGAACUUUUUAUCCCCGAAUUCAUCUUCCCAAGAAGGCACAUGGGAAAUUCCCAGUUGCUGCAGCUAAUCCAUAUUACAGUCCUUUUUGUCUUGUGUACCACAGCUUCCUGCAAUGUCUCAAUUCAGUGUAACAUGCAUCUUCCUGCAGUAUUCUACAGCACACUGCACUGUGCUGCAACAUGUAACAAGCAAACCAAUGCAGUCUUUCUGAAGCAUGCUGCACUGUUGCAAAUCCCUAUUACUUUCAUGACACACUGUCUUCUGACAGAAUAUUGCUACUUCAGAUGAGUCCAUAGCAAAAUGUGCUGUCCUCUUACUGCAUCAACUUUGAAGGUUGUAUGUAUGUAUGUAUUAAAAUGUUUCUAAUGUGUUUGGGGACCAGAAAGACAAGAGUUCUUUAUAUAACACAACAUAAAAUGUAAAAUAUUAAAAAAGUUUCUUGAUCAAAUGCUGAAAUCAAAUGCCUUCAAUAUGGGUAAAAUUCUGGCCUGUCCUACACAAGGGCAUUAGGGGGUGAAAGAGUCCAGUUGCAUCAUCCCAAAUAGAUGGCAGUUACAAACACUUAUUCACCUAGACUCUCACCCCACAAAAUGACACUUAUAGGUGCGUAAAAAAGCAGCAGCACAGAAUCUUCCAGCAAUCUCAAGGGACAAAAAGUUUUCAACAUGUAUUGUGGGUUUAGGGAUUAUUUUAAUCUGGGCGUAUACUCUGAAUAACAUUUUAUAACACUGAAAUCUAACAACA